AUGCACAUCCGCGAGAAGUUGGCUCAGAAGGAGGCGGCUGGGGAGCCGGGAAUUUCCUUCGAGUUUUUUCCUCCCAAGACCGCCCAGGGUGUACAGAAUCUUUAUGACCGAAUGGACCGUAUGCAUGGAUUGGGCCCCUCGUUCAUUGACAUCACUUGGGGGGCCGGGGGCCGUUUGUCGGACUUGACUUGCGAGAUGGUUGGAGUGGCCCAAUCGGUUUAUGGCCUGGAAACAUGUAUGCAUUUGACCUGCACAGACAUGCCCCAGGAAAAGAUCGAUCAUGCCCUUCAAACCGCUUACAAGGCCGGGUGUACCAACAUUCUGGCUUUACGAGGUGACCCACCGCGUGAAAAGGAAGCCUGGGAAGCCGCCGAUGGAGGCUUUCGCUAUGCAAAGGAUCUGGUCAAAUACAUUCGUGAGAAAUAUGGAAAUCACUUCGACAUCGGAGUGGGUGGAUACCCGGAGGGCGCCGAUGAUAAUCCCGACGUGGAUCUCCUGAUCGACCACUUGAAAGAGAAGGUGGAUGCCGGUAGCACUUUUAUCAUCACCCAGAUGUUUUAUGAUGUGGAAAACUUCAAGUCAUGGGUAAACAAAUGCCGGGCCAAGGGUAUCAACGUGCCGAUUAUUCCAGGCAUCAUGCCAAUCCAAACAUAUGCGUCAUUUAUCCGCCGAUCUGACUGGACCAAGGCUCGAGUGCCGCCCGAGUGGAUGGAGGCUCUGGAGCCCGUGAAGAAUGACGAUGCUGCUGUCCGGGAUAUUGGCAAGCGCCUGAUCGCUGAAAUGUGCAGGCAAAUUCUGGCCUUUGGCAUCAACCACCUCCACUUCUACACCAUGAACUUGGCUCAAGCAACCAAGCUAGUCUUAGAAGAGUUGGGUCUCGUUCCCUCAGAGGAGUCUCCUAUUCAACGAUCACUUCCAUGGCGACCAUCCCUGGCCCUUGGCCGACGAACCGAGGAUGUCCGACCAGUCUUCUGGCGUAACCGCAACUCGUCAUAUGUUGCCCGUACACAGACAUGGGAUGAAUAUCCCAACGGUCGCUGGACUGAUUCCCGAUCCCCUGCGUUUGGUGAGCUCGACGCUUACGGUGUCGGUCUGAAGGGCUCAAACGAACAGAACAUCAAGCUGUGGGGUGAGCCUAAGUCUCUGAACGACAUCUCCGAGAUCUUUGUCAAAUUCCUUGAUGGAAAACUAGAGCGUCUACCCUGGAGUGACAGUCCCAUCUCCAUCGAGGCCAAUGACAUCAAGGAGUCUUUGCUUGAUCUGAACCGCAGGGGUUUCCUGACCAUUAAUUCACAGCCUGCUGUCAACGGUGUCAAGUCCUCCCACUCUGUUUACGGCUGGGGCCCCAAGAAUGGAUUCGUCUACCAGAAGGCCUACCUAGAGCUCUUGGUUCCCUCCUACUUGAUGGAUGAGCUCAUCGCUCGCAUUGAGAGCAACGAUGAUUUAACUUUCCACGCUGUUUCCAAAGACGGCGAAUUGAAGACCAACACGCGCGACAGCCCGAACGCCUUGACCUGGGGUAUUUUCGCCGGACGAGAAAUCAUCCAACCUACGAUCACGGAAACAGUCAGUUUCCUGGCGUGGAAGGAUGAGGCUUACCGACUGGGUGAAGACUGGGGCAAGUGUCACGAUGCUGCCAGUCCUAGUCGGAAGUUGAUCCAGCAGGUCAUGGAUGACCGUUAUCUCGUUAACAUUGUUGACAACGAUUUCCACCGUUCUAACGCUGUCUUUGACUUGUUCAAGGACCUUGUGGUCAAGGAUCUUGACGUCGAAGUGUCCGGAAAGCAACCAGAGGCCAAUGGUGCCACUGAGCUGAAUGGCAACGCGACCAAGAACUAA